AUGUCUUCUAAACAAAUUUCUACUGGCUACACAGUCGCUCUGAAUAAUGCUUCUGAUCCUGGACCGUCGAUAAAUAAUUCCAAGCAGGUCCUGCCCGAACUCGUAGAUACUGAUGAAUUGGACGAAAAACAAAAUAUUGACGACAGACACAGGGAUGAGGAUGUUAUGAUCGCAACGCACAAAGCUACUCUGAGAAACCCCAAUAUAGGUGAAGAUACAAAAGCGCAUAUUCGACAAGUCCUGUCCGAGCAUGGCGUUAAUAUCGAUUCAUAA